UUUUUGGUUGGAGUGGCGUCACGUUAUUUUCUCUAUAUCGUGAACCGGAGAUAUGAUAACCGAUUGGUGAUUAGAGAAGUCAAAUUCAAAUCCUGUUUCCAAAACAUAGAAAGUACAAACCACCAACCAGUAGCCACUAGCCACAACAUUGAGCAUUCUGCAAUCUGCAUUCGUAUUUCGUUAUAUAGUAUUCGGUAGUCUAUCUGUCCAUGAAUUGCAGGCCAGGUAACUAAAUCGGCGGUACGUUACAUGUGAAAGUAGAAUGAAGAUGCCACAAAAAUGUUGGGCUAAUGUCAAGUUAUUUGCUAGAAGUUUUCAUGCUUCGAGUAACAGACUUAAAGCAAAAAUAAUCGAUGGCAAAAGUAUUGCUAAUACUAUAUUGGAAGAAUUACGUUUAGAAACAAAAGAAUGGGUAUCCAAAGGUCAUAGAGCUCCUUGUUUAGUAGCUGUUUUAGUGGGUGAAGAUACAGCCAGUAAAAUUUACGUGAACAACAAAAUAAAGGCAGCAAAAGUUGUUGGUAUAAAAACUGAAACUAUAGUGUUUAAAGCGUCUACCAGUCAAACUGAACUUCUUGGAUGUAUUGAGCGAUAUAAUCAUGAUAAAAACGUGGAUGGAAUUUUAGUUCAAUUACCACUUCCAGAGCAUAUAACAGAGCGAACAUUGUGCAAUGCUGUUGCGCCUCAUAAGGAUGUCGAUGGUUUUAACAUUGUCAAUGUCGGUCGGUUUUGUCUAGACAUGCAAUGCUUGGGACCAUGCACACCUCUAGGUGUUCAUGAGUUAAUUCGUCGAACUGGUAUACCUACAUUUGGUAGAAACGCAGUUGUGUGCGGCAGAUCUAAAAAUGUUGGUAUGCCCAUUGCAAUGUUGCUACACGCUGAUAAUGCAGGUGAAACGUCAGCAAUGGAUGCAACAACGACUAUUUGUCAUAGGUAUACACCUCCAGACCAAUUAGCAGUAUUUACAAAAAAUGCAGACAUCAUAGUUUCUGCAGCUGGCGUUCCUAAUUUAAUUCGUGCUGAUAUGAUAAAGCCAGGAGCUGCCAUAAUAGAUGUUGGAAUAACAAGAAUGAUCGACGAGCAAACUUCAAAAUCGUAUCUUGUUGGCGAUGUGGACUUCAAAAGUGUUAGUGAAAUUGCUGGUUACAUUACUCCCGUGCCAGGAGGUGUCGGUCCUAUGACUGUUGCAAUGUUAAUGCGUAACACUAUAGCUGCAGCUAAAAAAUCAGUGAUCUAUAAUAUACUAGAUCCCGGAGCUGUGAUAUAUAAGCAGGCGUCUCAAAUAAAACCUUGAGAUGAACACUACAUAUUAUAUUAUUUGUUAUAUUUAUUUCAUAAGUAGUUUUUAUGUGCAAUUAACAUUUAUUUAAAUCUCAAAGUCAUUGUAAAUUGAUGUAUUUAAAUAUGUUUACUUGUUAUAAAUGGUCUUUAUGAAAAAUGUUC